CCCUUCCCAACCCACGCCCAAAUUAACCAACACUUGUCGCCGUCCCUCUCGGAGCGAAAACCACCGGCUGCGGCGGACGAUCGGAGAUUCGCACAGGUUCAGAAUUCGAUACAAAUCUCACUUUUCUGAAGGUAUCUUCCAAUCGGAACAGCAAUAUAUGUAGCACUACCUCAUUAGAAGGCUUGAAGCUGAUUUUUUUCCCCGGUUAGCAGAGUGAAAAGGGGGAAUCAGUUCUAUGAAGAUGCUUCAGAUCCGGCUUAGAAGUGUUCAAUCCGUAGAAGGGGCCUCUGGGGGAAAGAACGUGCCAGUGGAAACUGUGACAGUUGCAUGUCCUGAGCACCUAAUCCUUGCAGAUCUUCCUGUAGCGAAGGGCCUUGGCUCAGCGACUGCUACAUCACUUGUUAAGACUGUCGGUCGCAGGUCCCGUCGCCAGCUUGGCGAGCGAGUUCAUUUUUGUGUCCGCUGUGAUUUUCCUAUUGCUAUAUAUGGACGCCUGAGCCCUUGUGACCAUGCCUUCUGUCUUGAUUGUGCAAGGAGUGAUUCCAUCUGCUAUCUCUGUGACGAACGCAUCCAAAAGAUUCAGACUAUCAAAAUGAUGGAUGGCAUCUUCAUCUGUGCUGCUCCUCAUUGUCUCAAGUCCUUCCUAAAGAAAACCGAAUUUGAAUCUCACAUUCAUGGGACCCACGCCGACCUUCUCCAGCGCAACAUAGAGAAAGAAGACGGAGGAAAUGAUUUGGAAGCUGCCAGUGCCAGACAGCCUACACCCUCUGAGUCCACUGCCCGAGCGCCCCCAAGGCAAGUAUUCUCUCCUAGGGACUCACAACCUAGGGAGCCACCACUACCCAGGCCAAUCAUGCAACCAAAGCAGCAGACCUCAUCAUUUUUCGGUCAAGUUCAAAAUCAGUCAGAAACCCCUUUUCCUGAUUACCCUCCGAUGCAUGGCCAUCCACCACCUACUUUUGCAGUGCCAAUUAAUUCAAAUCCAGUUGUGGGUCCCCCUCCAUUUGGUUACUCUCCUUUUCCACCCGAAGGAAGUCUUCAAUUUUACGGUAGUCCCUACGAGAUUGCACGGCCAGAUUCAGCACCAGAAGUAGGAGCAGAACAGGGGUCGCUUUUGGGUUUUCCACCGGGUCAAGCUGUAGGAGCAAAUUUCUCGGAUGGUUUUCCGCGGCCAUGGAUUAUGGGACCUACAGGUCAAGGAAUGGUGGAUGGUUUUCAAGUAAGGCCUGUGUUCUUUCCGGGGGAUUAUGGGCCGAAUAUGGGAGUUUUGGCUUCAAAUAUGGUUCCACCUUCGACGAAUAAGGUGGUGGAACAGGUCCAGGGUGGAAGUGGUGUGGACCCCAGGGAUGGGAAAGGUAUAUUAGCACCACAGCCUUUGCCAUUUCCUCCGCUGCCUCCACCGCCAGGUCCACAUCAUUUAUUGCAACCCAAUCGAGAUAAGUCGUACUCAGAUCAUGACAUGGGCCGCGAUGGGAGAGAGUUUGGGUGGCAGCAUGAGUUGCAUGAGAACUUUGGAAGUGGCCAGGAUUAGUGAUUCAAUUGGCUUCUCUUUGUUCUACUGUUUCGUCUUGGUCUUGAACUUAUGCUGCAUUUUAUAUUCGUUUAAAUGGUCUGUAUAACUUUUAUAGACUUUUAUAUAGCACUUUCCUUCUGUUUUGGCUA